AUGGCACUCCUACCGCGCCGCCCGGAACAUCCAAAUGUUCUCGACAUCCCGACGCCGCCGCUGCAGCAGGCCGGCCUGUUCCUGAUCUUCUUCUUCACGGCAUUGGCCUUUGUCGUCUACAGCUUGAGGGUGUACUCAAGGCUCAAAACGCGACAAUGGGGCCUGGACGACUGGAUGAUCACCUGCGCCAUGAUCUUUUCGUUGAUGAUGAUUGGGCCCUUUUACAUGUACUUCAAGCUCAUGUACUUUGGCUGGACGGUGGAUACUGUGCCCAAAUUUGACCCGGCACCGGGCAAGUGGUGGUUCUAUCUGGCACAGCUCUUCUACAACCCCAUCCUGGCCUUCGUCAAGGCUUCGGUAUUGCUCUUCCUGCUCCGGUUGGGUGGGCAAAAGCCCGGUGUCAAGAUGGUCAUCUACGGCCUGAUGACCUUCAACGGCCUGCAAGCCAUCGCCAUCUUCAUAACCGCCACGCUGCAGUGCCUGCCCAUCGAGGCCAACUGGGAUGCCGCAGUCCUGGCCAACGCGAAAUGCAUCGACAACUCGUUCCACGUUAUCAUCUCGUGCCUGACCAUCCUGACUGACAUCAUCGUCAUCAUCAUCCCCUUCUGGAUUUUCCUUGGACUCAAGAUGCCCCGGGGCGCCAAGAUUGCCGUGGUGGGCAUCUUUGCCAUGGGUCUUAGCGUGACCAUCAUCGGCAUCGUCCGCCUUGUCGCCGUCUACAACCUCUUCUACGGCAAACCCGACCCCAACAAGGACCCCUACCAGGACAUCACCACCACCCUCAACGUAAUCGAAUCCAAUGUGGCCAUCGUAACAGCCUCCGCCCCAGCUCUCCGCCCGCUAUUCCGAUCUUGGCUACCGAAAUGGUUCGGCGGGAGCAGCGGCCGGUACGGCCCCUACGGGCCCUACGGCAACAAGUACCACAACAAAUCCCCCAACCCUGGCUCGCGCUACUUCACGGGCGGCGGCGGCAACGGCACGGUCGCGACCGUCAACGGCGGGCGUGACGGCACGGGGAAACCCACCGGCGAUGGUAUGCUUGGUGACGGCAAGCACGGCAGCAUCCACCUCAAGAGCCUGACGCGCGGCAAGAUGACGGGCCACGCCGAGUGCCGCAGCAUCAGCCCCAGCGGGUCCGAGGAGGAGAUCAUGACGUAUAAUGGGAUUAUGCGCACCACGGAUGUGCGGGUGCAUUAUGGUGAUCCUGAGCUGGCGUCGACGCAUAAUGGCUCGCCCGGUGCUAUGAUGAAUGAUCGGGAUUCGAGUCGGACUUCGAGCGAGGUCAAGGUUGGCGCCGGGGCGAGGGAGAAGAGCGCUCUGUGA